AUUGUUAAAAGCGUAAUUAGCAAAUUUAAACCUGCAGCAUUAGUGCACAAUUGUAAUGCUGACCGGUGUCUGCCCCUUAUAAUUUCAUAAUUUAUCAAGUCGGGUGCCAAACGGUCCACCAAACCACUGCCAACUGGGCGUCAGCUUCCCCUUUUAAUAGUAGCCUUCCGAUUCUCGCCCCCACAGUAAUCCAAAAAGGCCAUCGAUCACUCCAUUGCACUUGCUCCCGAUCGGCCCAGCCUUCACGCCAUGUUCAGUGCCAUGUCCGCCCUCCUCGCCUCCCUGGCCCGGCGGCUGGUGCCCCUUCGCCGCAGGAAGAGCAUCACGUCCUCCGCGGCUUUCGUCGCCAGACGACGUCCGUUCUUCCCGUGCGGCGGUGGAGGCCACCGCGACGUCGUCGGCGACAGCGCCUUCGUCGUCGUCGUCGUCAAGCGCAGCAAGACGCUGAGGAAGAAGGUGAAGCCCAGAACCAGAAGGGUGGGGGAGCGGAAUAAGCGCGGGCGAGGAGGCGACGACGACGACGACCUCCUUGACGGCGACGACGCGUGCGUGUGGCGGCGGACGAUCCUCCUGGGGCGUAGGUGCCAGCCACUGGAGUUCACGGGGGCCAUUCACUACGACUGCGAGGGCCAGCGGCUGUGGCAGCCCCGCACACCGCCGCCGCCGCCGCUCCUGAGCCCCGUCCAUCCUUCCGAGCUCGGCUACAUGGAUCGUGCAUAAGACGAUCUGCACUGCACAGCAGCCUGCACGAAAUACGCUAGCUUAUGGAUGGAUGAGGAUGACACGGUUUUCCUUUGGUGACUUCACUGCUUCCUCUCGUCUCUAGCUAGACUGUAUCGUGACGUGUGAUCGAAAUCUGUUGUCUUGUCGAACUGAGUGAUUAAUGAGUAUGGUCUUGUGGAACUGAGUGAUUAAUGAGUAUAUUAUAUUGUUUCA